ACUAGAAGCAGACAACUCUAGAGCAGUGAAAUGGCAUUAUUGGACAAAGCAACCAGCAAUAAUAUCAUCACUAACUUUUUUAUUAAACAAAAUGCAAUAUGAUGAUGUUCAAAGAUUUGAUAUAAGGAAGAAAAAGAAAGAGGCCUUUGGCUUUUCCAUUCUGCUUUUUUAUAGCCAAGAAGACAGGAGACCUGGGAGACUUUAUUACAGGCAAAGUGAUAUGGGAAGAACGUAUUGGUACAAGGAUGUCCUACCAUGCACCGCCAUGGUUGCAGUCGAGUGCUCCAACGUAGUCAUAAACAUUCUAUUCAAAGCUGCUUCUUCAAAGGGGUUGAGCUACUACACCUUCCUCGCCUACUGCUACACUUUAGCGACCAUUGUUCUCCUCCCUGUAACCUUCUUCUUAAUCAGCAAAUCAGGGUUUCCUCCAUUUAAGUUCCCUCUCAUCUCUAGACUUUGCGUUCUUGGUCUUGUUGGGUUUUCAGGUCAAGUAUGUGUAUAUAAAGGUUUAGAAUUUGGCUCCCCAACUCUUGCUUCAGCCAUCAGCAACCUCAUACCAGCUUUUACGUUCGUACUUGCUGUCUUUUACAGGAUGGAAAAGGUAGAAUUGAGAAGCUCAAGCACUCAAGCUAAAAUCCUUGGCACCAUAGCAUCAAUAUCUGGUGCAUCUGUGGUUGUUCUUUACAAGGGCCCCAUAGUUCUUUCUUCUCCACAUUUGACCUCAUCAUCUGUAUUAAUUCAACGGCCUCUGGGAUCACCACAAUCAAAUUGGGUGAUUGGUGGGCUCUUACUUGCAAUGGGAUAUCUUUUUUAUUCAUUCUGGUAUAUUAUUCAGUCACAAAUUAUGAAGAUAUAUCCAGAAGAAAUGAUUGUAACUUUCAUCAACAACUUGUCCUUGGUCAUUUUUUUUGUACCAUUAUGCUUAAUAGCAGAAUCAAACAAGAGUUCCUGGAGACUAGGACCUAGUAUAGUAGUUGCUUCUAUCCUGUACUCGGGAAUUUUUGCAUUAUCCUUCAGCAGUGCUGUACAUUCAUGGGGUGUACGCUUGAAAGGGGCUGUGUAUGUUACAAUCUUCAGGCCAUUGUCAAUUGUCAUUGCAGCAGUUAUGAGUGCCAUGUUCCUUGGUGAUGCAUUGUUUCUUGGAAGUGUCAUUGGGGCAUUAAUCUUAUCUGCUGGGCUUUAUGCUGUAUUAUGGGGAAAAGCACAAGAAGAAGAAAUGACUUUUGAUGAUUCAGGGUCAAGUAGCUUUGGACCCUCGUCCAAUUGUAAUGUCUCUUUGUUGCAAAGCCACAAUGAUGAAGAAAUGUAGCUCAAAAGUUUUAUCAGAAAAACAAUAGCUAGCGGUUUACUUUUUACUACAUUGUUCAAUGUAAUUUUCCCCUCAUUUGAAUGCUAAAAAAUCUAAGAAUUCAUUAAAAUGCGUGAAGAAAAAAUGGGAACCAAAAGGUUUCUUUGAUAUCAAACAGUUGGGAAUCUAGCUUGUUUCUUUAGGUCCAUCCAUUUCACUUUCAUGUAUGUAUUGACAAUUACAGCUUGGCCCAAACAACGCCUUCUAGUUAAAAACUCAGUUGCCCCUGCUAAUGAUAGAAGGGCCCUCCAAUAAUGAAGGAUUAUGUAGGUUAGAAGUUGUUUAUUGUAUGUUCCAGGGAUAUCGUCCUUUCUGAAUUGUUUUUCUGAUACAAGUAUCACAUAUGUUAAAUUUCAUGGCUGUCAUGUUCAGUACAACCUUUAUAUUCAAGCUAAUUUUAUAAUUUUGUCAAAUGAUACCGUUUGUCUUACCUACAUUAUUUGCUUAUUAGUUUAAUUUUGAUGAUUGAAAUAAAAUUAUAACCAGACCAAGCAUUUUGAAAUGAUGAGUUCAACUAUACAUAGAUAUGUUCACGGGAAUUACAAAAUGUGUUUGAGCAAAACCACAAGCUGUCCAAUAACAUGAUCAAAUAUAAUCAUCCUUCCUCCAUUCCUUCAAUGGAGGCAAUUAACACCAUUCACCACCAACC